GGAUGCUUGUGAAGGUCAGACCCUCGUUUAACACCUGGUGGAACUACGUGGGUAUGUUUAUUGCCAUUCGAGAUUCCUGGUAGAGGUUCGCUUUAGUCCUCCCAGGCUGCAUGCACAAUAAGUCAUCUCGUAUCUUCAAGUUAUUGAAAUAUCGUUGUAUGAACAAGAGACGCAGUAUCCUGUUGCCUAUGGAGGAAGUGACUAUAUUAUCCUCACAGGCUAUCCUUUACCGAACAAAACAAGCCCGCUACUCCAAUUCAUCCCCCUCCUUUGACUUCUCUAUAAUCGAAAGUUUGCCGCGGCGGGCAUACAUGCGAGCACACACUUCUGAUAGGCAUUUCGAGACAUCGAGCAAACAAUUGUUUCGCUGGGCGGCACCUUCCUCCAUUCGUUGGAAUUUGUCCUGAGCAUGGCAGGCUGCCGUAUAUGUACCCGUGCGUACGGUGUGGUGCCCGUCCUUUGAAGCUAUGGUGAGCACGGCGAGCAGUGCAAUCAAAGAGGAGGAUGUGAAC